UUCCAGGCUGCCCUGUGAACCCCAUCUCCGCCCCAUUGUGGAGCUUGGAGGCAAGAUGAGAGGGCUCCUUCUAGCGUCUCUCGUCCUCCUGCAGCCGCUCUCCGUACCAGGACUGCCCGGAGAACCCCUCCAAAGAGACCACACUUGGUGCCACAGGUCUGGGGCCUGCUACAGCGUCCACCUGGCGAGCCUGAACUUCAGUGGCGCCAAGGAGGCCUGCGCCCUGCACGGGGGAGCGUUGAGCACAGCAAGCGGAGAGACCGAAAUCCAGGCCAUCUUCUCUCUCCUCAAAGAGGCAGUCCGCGGGCUCGGCCCCUCUGUGUUUUGGCUGGGACUGGUGCGGAAGCCUCCACAGUGCACCUACCAAGAGCUGCCGCUCCGGGGUUUCUCCUGGUCCCCCGCGGAGGCUCAGGAAACCGGGGAGAACGAGACCAAGGUGACUCUAUCCUGGGUGAAGGAACCCAGCAUGUCCUGCAUCACGGAGAAAUGCGCCGGCCUGCAAGUGGCAGCGUGGGAGCUCCGCGUUCAGCCGUGGGGCCUGAAAGAGCGGUCUUGCGUCAAGGCGAGCCCGGGCUACAUCUGCAAGUACCGCUACGGGGGCACGUGCCCUGCGCUGCCUCUGCCCGGGGCUGAGAACUUGCGCUACACGCUCCCUUCUCGCUUGCAAAGUGCCGACCUGGCUUUCAGCCCACCGGGCACUGUGCUCACCCUCAGGUGCCCCAUGCGAGAAGCGCGGCUCACUUGCCAGGUCUCGCCCGUCGGCUACCGCUGGGAAGGCGCGGAACGCGGGCUCUGCUCCUGCCCCAGCGGCUACUGGAGCCCAAGCAAGCAGCAGUGCGCAGAAGCAGCGGCCUGCUUGGACGCCCAAGGCACGUUCCUCUGUAUCUGCGCCUGGGGCUUCCGCUUGGCCGCAGACGAGAGGUCCUGCCUGCCGGCCCAAACGAAAAUACUGGCAGGUCCUGCUGGCUUGGUCACCGUCACACCGACAGCGGGCGGAGCUUUGCCUUCCGGCAACACCAGCCCGUGGAAUGCGAGCAGUUCUCCGGUGCCCUUUCCUGCCACCGAGGCCAAUGGCAGCGCCCCUGAAGGCGAGGCGCCUUUGACUUACCCACAGUCUUCCAACUACGUCUUCAUCUUGAUCACGUUGGCUGUGGUGCUGCUGCUGAUCUUGGUCAUGGCCUCGCUGCAAGUAUUCAAGUCCUGCUUCAGGGUCUGCUCCUCCAAGGGAGUGGCCGCCGGCAAGGAGCAUUCUCCACCUGCAGCACCGGAAGGUGACCUGGAAGCCUCGGCCACUGGCACCAGCUCCGAGCAUUCCCUGGGGCCAAGCAAGGCAGAGUCCACCGAGGCUUCUCAGAGGGAUUCCGAACCAGUGACUGGAAAAGUGGAGUUGGAAUAGCUUUAAGGGGACUGGGGUUGUUCUCUAGAGACAGUGGCAUAGCCUACUACUUUAAAGUCUGGGGGUUACCGAAAUGGUGCUAGAAAGGUGUAUUUUGGUUGCCAGAACAUUUCUUUUUGCAGUAAGAUGUUACUGAAAGGCCUAUUCCUUUUGAAUUCUGUGUGUGCAUAAUGACAACUGGAACAAAUCUCACUCUAUUCAGAAUUUGACUGACUUGCAGGGUUUUUUUGUUUUGUUUUACAAAAUCUUGUAACAUCUCACAAUAAUUAGCAUCUAUUUUCCACAUGAGUUGCCAGGUGGCCCUUCCAUUACAGAAUGACCUUUAUUUCUUAAUACCAAAGAAUAGGGCAGAACAAGGCCUAAACACAGAAACAUUUUAGCCUCGUAGUGUUCAACUAUUUUGAGAUUUUUGCCUGUUAAUAUUGCUCAUGUAUAGCAUUGUUUUAAUUAAGGGAGAAAUGAAGGCACUGAGGCAAAACAGAAUAAUUUUGCGACCUUGAUUAAUUCCAACACUUUCAUUUGCCAGUCCAAAAUAAUGCAUCUGCUACAGUUAUUGGCUUAAAUAUUGUUGAGUUUAAAGAUAAAUGCUGGGUGAAAUACUUCUGGCUUGUUUUGGUUUGGUCUUCUAGAAUUUAUUAACUUUAGUUGGUUUAUUUUUACUUCUGAAGAACAACUUUCCUGCUCACAUCAGCUGCACACAUGUGCAUUCAGCUUAUGGAUUGCUGUCAAAAUUGGUCAUAUACAAAGAAGAUAUCUGGACAUAUAUUUAAACUACAGUCUUGCAGUCUUACUGCUCAUGGAACUGAAGAUUGGGUUGUGAGGCUGCUAUCCUAGGCACAACUGGAAGUCAAUUCCACUGAAAUAAUCAGAACUAACUGUAAAGUAAAAUCAGAAAUGGAUUGUAACUGGACUUUAGUGUGUACAAAUUAAUGUUCAGUUUUGUUUCAGAGUCCAGAAAUUAUGAAUAUUCAUUAUUCUGGGUUGCGACCCCAAGAAUAUUGAGCUGUCUGCCAUUAAAAGCUGUUUAUUUUUAUGGCAUUGCAUGGCAGUUCACUUAUAUCAGUGUAUACUGACAGUCCAGGAAAUAGCCCAGUCCAGAGUACAAUUGGUACAUCUUUAUCACAAGCUGAGCAAGCCAGCC